UCAGGAUGUUGGUAUUGAAGGCAGAAACCGUUUUACAUGGAUGACUCAGUCUUCAUCUUCAAAAACCUCAUCACCUGACGCCGACCCGGGAAGCUCGGAGCACGGUCCGCUACUCAUUUCUGACCUUCUGCAGGAUUCCCAACAUCGCGAACCAAUCUAAAUCAGCAAAAGAUGGACUGAACAUGGAGUAGGCGGGUUGGGGGUUCGAAGCUGUGGGACAGGACAGGAAGGAGGAGGAGGGGUGUGCAGAUAGAGGACACACAGGAGAACAUGUACAGCUUUUAUCACCCUCCGCUUCUGUCAAGAAACAACUUUGUUUUGGAAGGUACCGUGAGUCAAACAGACGAACCGCUACAAGCUUCGGGCGUCGCUCAGGUGAACAAGAAUCUUCACAAGAACAGCUUCAGGUGAAAAAAUGUGACGUAUGCCUAGCUGUGGCUCAUGUUCCAAGUUCUUCUGAGGUUGAAGAGGGAAGAACAGUGAAGGACUACACAAGCGUCUUGGGUCUUUAAGACGUGGAGUUGAACAUCCUGUACUGUCAGGAAAGACAUUUCUACUGGAGUCUUCAUGCCAUGGAGAUUCGUGUUGACGUGACUUCUUAUUCCUUUCUUGUUGCUGUGAUCUCUCACCUUCUUCAGAUGGCAUAUGGCCAGGAUAUAAAAUGGGAUGCUGCAUAUACCCCUUCAAGCACACCAUUCCCAGGGAGUAUGAAGUGCUGGACGUGUGAAGAAGCGUCUGAUAACUACAACUGUAAUAGAUGGGCACCUGACGUCUACUGUCCUCAAGGUACCAAAUACUGCCAUACAUUACACAGGAUGAAUGGGGAGGGGGGCAGCGUCAUGGUGAGGAAAAAGUGUGCAGCUGUGGAGGACUGCACCCCAAACACUGUGGGCUGUUCCAUAAACACAGAUGGGUCCAUGGUGUGUAUAGCCUGCUGUGAAGGAAACAUCUGCAACCCAGAGGUGCCAACCAACCACACAACCGCCAUCUUCGCCACAAUAACGCCAUAUGAUGUUGGCAGUUCUUCACAUUUUAACCCCUCAGUACAAGUAUUAUUGGUCACACUACUGGCUGCAGUACUUUUCAGACAUCUAUAACAUUCAGAAGAUAAUAAAAGAAAAAAUGUAAUGCUCAUGAAUUUAUCAAUACCUCAUGUGGAAAAACCUGUUGACUUCAUAAUCUGAAUUUUUAAAGGAAAAUAAUUUUUGUUACUCCAAAGCUCUUAUCGAUAUAACACUGUAAUAGCUUUCAUUUUAUGGACCUUACAUGGUACCAAUGCCUAAGUCACUAAAGAAAGAAAAAUUCUACAAGGAAAGCCAUCUUCUAUGGGUGAAAAUGCGUUUGCCAGAAACAAUUGCCAAAAAAUUACAAAUAAGACGUAGAUUUUCAAUAUAAUUUUAGCUACAGUCCCUUCAACUGUUUAUCAACUGGAGUCAUUGCAGUAUAACACAUCACCACAACAAAGUGCAUGUAAAUUUUCAAUUAUUUGUAUUCAAGCAUUUGAGUGAUGUCAUGGAAUAUAUUUAAAAUUUUUGAAUAUGUGUAAAUAUUAAAGAAAAGUUUGACUAUGUGUAUCCAGAUGUAUUUUUUAUAAGGAUAUAUUGUCUGAAAUGUGGAAUAUGGAAACAAACCAACACUUCAUGAUAUUGCAUGUUAUUUGAUUAUCAGAGUACAUGCAUUGGAAAAUCUCAACCCUGUAAAUUUAAAACCUGAUUCCUGACAUCAAUAGUUGAGAAUACUGUUUGUCAUUUGAUCAUCAAACAUUCAGGAACGUGUUGUAUUAAAGCUAUGAUUUUCUUGUGUUUCAAAGUAGUUUUGCAGCUUUAAUUUUCAUGAUAAACUUUUGAUUGAUAAAUAUAUGUCUGAAUUUUGUCAGAGUUUAAUUUCAAACCUUUUGCAAGCUAUGGCACUUAGUUGUGAUCUCCGUGUAGAUUUGUUAGUUUUUGUAGAUUUUAUAGUAUUUCAGUUGGUAAUACAGAGCUUUCUGAGAUUUCUCUGUGAGACAAUCAAUGGAUAACUGUUCCACUGCAUAUGGUAUAAAAGACAUGCAACAGAAACCAAAACGUUUCAUCUUCUUGAUGAUUUGCCUCACUUUGUAGUACAAUAUCACAUUUCUAUACCAUAGUAUUUAUCAUUGUGUUGCUGAAUGUCUAAUGUUCAAGUUUUACGUGUUCAAGCCUUACUGUAUAUACAAGAGAGUAUAAUGAUGUGGAAGUAAAUUGUGAAACUGUUGUACAGAAAAAAAAACACAAGAUGUCUUGUCUUGUCUGUCCCUUAAUCCUUAAUUACAAUAAGAAUACACCAUAAGUUGUGAAAGACCUUUGUAGCACCUAUAUUACUUGUAUAAGAACAUGUUUACAUUUAUUGCUUAUCUGUGGCUCACUUAAGUGCUAACGUUAACUAUCGGUAACCUGGAGUCCAGUCUUGUUAGGGUGCUUCCUUGCAACACCCUGGACUAGCUAUCAUUGGAAGUAGCCUGAUUAAAUCUCGCUUAUAGCAGCCCGCCAAUCAUCCACGGCCCUGGACAGCGGAGUUCGUGUUGCACAGACUAUCAUUGGAAGCAGAAAAGGUAACAAGACAAGCUAUAUCAAAUAACAGCAUUAUGGACAAAGAUGUAUCUUGAAUUUUCAGGUACUGUCUAGACACAACAAUAAAGUCGUGUUUCCAUGUUG